UUUUGUAGUCGAAAUCAGAAUCAAGUCAACACUUCUUGAGUGUGCAAUAACCAAGAAAUCCUUUUCUCUAAAUCUCAUAUCCUUCUCCGCUUUCAAUACCAAUCAUGAAGUUCGCCAUUGUCGUAGUCAUGUUGGCUCUUGCCGUUGGUGCGCACUCCUCCCUUUUAACUGCACAAAUUGCACCUGCCGUGUCAUACAUCACCGCUGGCUUGCCCGGUCCACUGUUGGGACAUGGCGGUUGGGCCGGUCCAGCUGCUGUUACCGCUUGGGGUGGCAGCGGACACGGUUUGUGGGGUGGUAUUCCCGGCAUCUCACUCAGUCAAGGACCUCAUGGCGCUGCUAUUGCUGCUCCAUUGGCUGCUCCUCUCGCCUUGGGUCAUGGUCAUGGCGCUGGUGUUUAUGUAGCGAAGACUCGUGGUGCUGUGCAUACUGCUCCCUUGCCUGGUCAUAUAAACUCGGCGACUUCAUUGAAUUUGGCACCAGCACCAGGCACCUGGUGAAUAAGUUGAAAAGAUCAAAUACCUAAACAAUCAACUAUCAAUCAUCAACCAUCAACCAUUAACACGCAUUACGCACGAAUUGCUCAAUCACAUAGUAUAAAAAAAAACCCAAAAAAAAGAGAACUUUUUAAACAUUUAUUGGAAUUUGACGACAUUGUUGCCGAUUAAAUGAAAGAUGCCACCGCACUGUCUUAUAUACAUACAUAUACUUAAAUACUAUAUAUAAUAUACUACCUUUAAGGAAGGCCCGAUUUUGUCCGCUGAAUCGUUUUCCGUACCCGAUAUUUCGCAAACACAAACCACACCCGAAUAUGUCAAUAUGUCAAUAGCAUAACUAUGAUUAUUACAUAUAAUAAAUGAUAUACAUGAAUAUCUAAAUACAUUGUCUA